UUGAUGAUCGGACACGCUGAUUUCAUUGUCUGAAGCGGCAGUGGAGACCCAGGAAAAAUCUCGCUGAAUCCGCCUGCCCCAGCAGUGGCCUGAUCUGGGUUCCGCUGAUUCCUUUCGUAACCGCACCACACCCGAGCUACAAUCUCUGGACAAAAUUUUAAGAGAAACUCCCUCAGAACUCCUAAAGGUAAACAAAAGCAGGCAGAUUGAGGAUGGCAGUCAGAAUUUGAAGUGACCAUAUAUAGGCUUUUUGCAGUAGGUACAGCCCUGCAGAGGAGGAUCAGAGCUCUGAUUGUACAUUAAUGAUUUGAAGUUUACCAUUGUCCUCAGGACCCAUUUCAAAGUACCUUGCUUCUAAAUCCACACCAGAUGAAAUAUUUCAGAUGAAUCUACGUUCUGUAUUUACUGUAGAACAACAAAGGAUUUUACAGCGUUAUUAUGAAAAUGGAAUGACAAAUCAAAGUAAAAAUUGCUUUCAGCUCAUAUUACAGUGUGCACAGGAGACUAAGCUGGACUUCAGUGUAGUCAGGACGUGGGUUGGCAAUAAGAGAAGAAAGAUGAGUAGUAAGAACUCUGAAUCUGGAACAGCAACAACAGGAACCUCUUUGUCAGCUCCAGACAUUACAGUCAGAAAUGUGGUUAAUAUUGCUCGACCCUCAAGCCAGCAGUCUUCUUGGACAUCUGCCAAUAAUGAUGUCAUUGUAACUGGUAUAUACAGUCCAGCCAGUUCAUCAAGUAGACAAGGAACAAACAAACAUACAGACACACAAAUUACAGAAGCACAUAAAAUCCCUAUUCAGAAAACAGCCACUAAAAAUGAUACUGAGUUUCAGUUACACAUUCCUGUUCAAAGACAAGUAGCACACUGUAAAAAUGCUUCCCUACUUCUAGGUGAAAAAACAAUUAUUUUAUCAAGACAGACAAGUGUGCUAAAUGCUGGAAACUCAGUAUUCAAUCACACAAAGAAAAACUAUGGAAACUCUUCAGUACAAGCUUCUGAAAUGACAGUACCUCAAAAGCCUUCUGUGUGCCACCGACCUUGUAAAAUUGAACCAGUUGGGAUUCAAAGGUCAUAUAAGCCUGAACACACAGGUCCAGCAUUACAUAACUUAUGUGGGCAAAAGCCAACUAUUAGAGACCCUUACUGUAGAACACAAAACUUGGAAAUCCGUGAAGUGUUUUCACUGGCAGUUAGCGAUUACCCCCAGAGAAUUCUGGGAGGAAAUGCCCCACAGAAGCCUAGCUCAGCAGAAGGAAAUUGUUUGUCCAUUGCAAUGGAGACUGGAGAUGCUGAGGAUGAAUAUGCCAGAGAGGAAGAGCUGGCAUCGAUGAGAGCACAGAUACCAAGCUAUUCGAGAUUUUAUGAAAGUGGCAGUUCCCUUCGAGCUGAGAACCAAAGUACAACCUUGCCCGGACCAGGAAGAAAUAUGCCAAAUUCACAAAUGGUGAAUAUUAGAGAUAUGUCAGACAAUGUACUGUAUCAAAACAGAAACUACCAUUUGACACCACGGACCUCAUUACAUACAGCAUCUAGUACGAUGUACAGUAAUACCAAUCCAUUACGGAGUAAUUUUUCUCCUCAUUUUGCAUCAUCAAACCAAUUGAGAUUAUCACAAAACCAAAACAAUUACCAGAUUUCAGGAAACCUUACUGUGCCUUGGAUUACAGGGUGUUCUAGAAAAAGAGCACUACAGGAUCGCACUCAGUUCAGUGACCGAGACUUAGCCACCCUUAAGAAGUACUGGGACAAUGGCAUGACCAGCCUGGGCUCUGUUUGUAGAGAGAAAAUUGAAGCUGUUGCAACUGAAUUAAAUGUUGACUGUGAAAUAGUUCGGACUUGGAUUGGGAAUCGAAGAAGGAAAUAUCGUUUAAUGGGGAUUGAAGUUCCACCUCCAAGAGGAGGCCCUGCUGAUUUCUCUGAGCAGCCUGAGUCUGGUUCUUUAUCUGCACUCACACCAGGAGAGGAAGCUGGGCCUGAAAUAGGAGAGGAUAAUGACAGAAAUGAUGAAGUAUCCAUCUGUUUGUCUGAAGGAAGCUCUCAAGAAGAGCCCAAUGAAGUUGUUCCGAAUGAUGCAAGGGCUCAUAAGGAAGAGGACCACCAUGCAGUAACCACAGAUAAUGUGAAAAUAGAAAUUAUUGAUGAUGAAGAAAGUGACAUGAUAAGUAAUUCUGAAGUAGAACAAGUAAACUCUCUCUUGGAUUAUAAGAAUGAAGAAGUCAAAUUCAUUGAAAAUGAGCUAGAGAUUCAAAAGCAAAAAUACUUUAAACUUCAGACUUUUGUUAGAAGCUUGAUAUUAGCAAUGAAAGCUGAUGAUAAGGAACAACAGCAGGCACUGCUGUCAGAUUUACCUCCUGAAUUAGAAGAAAUGGAUUUCAAUCAUGCCUCGCUGGAGCCUGAUGAUACCUCAUUCAGUGUAUCUUCUUUGUCAGAGAAAAAUGUCUCAGAAAGUUUGUGAUUUCAGUUGGAGGGAAUAUAUGAUACAGCCUUUUGGCUUCGUAACAGGUGUGCAUUUCAAGAUAACUGCAUUCUGUUGCCCUGGUAUUCUUUAGUUGGGAAAACACAUUGUUGAAACGGAUAUACUCUGUGAAGAAUGUACAAGAUAUAAUGGCUACAGUGCAAAAAAAAUGUAGGUGAAAUUUAAAAGCAUUGUUUGAGAGAGUAUUUUUUUAACUGAUGGAACUCUGGAAAAAAAUUAUAUUUAAGUUUCAGCAGUUUAACCCUGAAAUUCAUUAUGUCUAAUUUCUAACCAGAGACAAAAUAACUAAAGACAUUUCAGCAUUGCUUAUCAAGUUGCUACAGCUUGAUUAGUCUUGUCUUUGUAGCCAUUACAUCUUCUUUCUUCUUCUCUCCUUUUCCUAUCAUCCGCGUACACUUUUUCUCAGGAAAGUGGACUGAACAUUUAAAACAAAACUUUAAAAAAUUAUUUAACUCAUUAUUUAAUCAGUUCUCUGAUUUAGUUUUCAACCCCUAUGAAAACUCUACUUAAACUAAUGAUUGAAAAUUGAAAUGAUUACAGGUAUGUAAUUGUAAAUUGCUGGUGUUCUUCUAUUAUCUAACCCAAAUAUUUGUGUGGGGGUGGGGAAGCACAAUGGAAAGGUAAUUUAACCAACAUAAAGUCAAAUAAAUUACGAAGUGUACAGAAACAAAAUGUUGUCAAAAUUAGUCUUGAUGGGGAUUCUUCAUUACUACAAAUGACAAGUAUUGAUACGAUUGACAUUCCAGUAGUAAAUUUGUAUAACUGGGUUAGAUGAAGUGUUACACAAAUAUUUUAAAUUUAUCACCAUCUUUAUAAUUCUUUUUUAGUUCUUACAUGUUAUGAAACAGGAAGUCAAGGUAAGCUGCUGAGAUUUUUUAAAAAUUUAGUCAUUCAGCUUUGCCACAAAAUUUACCUCAUUUCCAUAUGAGGCCUGUACAGAGCCAUCAGCCAAGGAUAGUAUUCAAAAAGAGUUAUACUACUUUGGUUGUAAAUCACAGCCUUCUGAAUUCCAUGAAUACUAUUCUAUGAGUACACACCUAAAAUGGGCAAGCUACCCAGUUUUCUAUUAGUAGGUACCAGAUGGCAACACACUGUAGACUGUUCUUUGCAGUUCUUCCUUUCUGGAGUACCAGAUGGUAUUACCAAGACCCAUAGAAGAAAAAAUGUCAGUUUCUCCCUAAGCCCACAGUGUCAUAUAUUUGUGACUUGGCAGUGUGCAAUUGUGUUGCAUGGUUAAAUUACUAUCUAUACCUAAAAGAUUAAUGAAGUAGCUGGAUGGCUGUUUCAGUCAUCAAGUUUCUGUUUCCAAUUUGUUUUUAAUUUUUGUUGGUACCUAGUAGGUAUUCAGAUAUUUUUAAAAAUUUGUAAUUAGAGCUAAAUUUGAUCUUGAAAUUUACUAAUACUAACUUAUGAACACAGAAAGGCAGUCAUAACUGUCUUUACCCUUGAAGUGUCCCAUCCUCCCACACACACAAAUAGGUAAGGUCCCACUGAUAGUCUUUCAUUUUGUCACUUAUUUGUUUAUAUUGCUGCCAUACUACUGAUAUGGUCCCUUUGUUAGUAGGAUUAUUUCAGUGUUCAGAUAUGCUUCCUUGAGCCAUAUGGAGUUUUGCAAACAAUGGUUAGUUUUUCUUGCUGACAAGUCAAAUUCCAUUCAGAGAAAGCAGCAGAGAGUAACGGAACCUCAGAUAUUAUGAUUAAAUGUACCAGUCACACCAAUUCCUCCAUGAGAUGAAGAGUCGCCCCCAUAUACAACGAAGUUAGAAACCACUUCUUAAGUAGCAUGAACAAAUUCCAAGUCUUCAAGUCUCUCCUAGGGUCUGAUUCGUAGUCAUUAUCUUUCAAAUAUAAUUACUUCUGCUUCAAUUUAAGCCCCUUCUUAUUUGGUUCUCAUUGCAAAUUAAGUAUAGGUAUAUUCUCUCCUAUAGCUUUUAACACUAUAGAUUUUAUUUGUCACACAUCAGCCAUUAGUCACUAAAUCGAAAAAUACUUGUUGAGCUCCUGCUAUAGAGAAGACACUGUGCUGGACAUUGGAUUUCUCAGCAAGCUGUAAACUUCACAAAUAAUUAUUUCUUGUUAACAUCUUCUAUGAUAUUAAUAAACCAUAUUUAAGUAGAAUUUUUAAUAGAUUUAAGGUUCUGCUAGGUGUGACUCUUAGAAGGAUUCCUAGUCUACAAUUUUGAGAGAAAGCAUAGAUGAUCUUUUUGUCUUUGUUUAAAGUUUCAUCAAAAUAGAAACUAUAUAAAUCAUAACAAUACAUUUAGAACUCCUUUUGUCUUGAAAUUUGUGUUUCAGCACCAGAAUAUUUUUCUUCACCAUCACUGGAAUUAAAACACUUCUAAAAUGAAAUGUGGCUCUUCUGUAGCAGGAACUGAAGGAAAUACCUCUAUCUAUAGAAAAAGAAUCAUAAUUGCCAGAUUGAAAUUAUGCAUGGUAGACUUUGAAAAAGAUGUCAAGGUCAAGCUUUGAAAAGUUGUUAUGAAGAAAAUAUAUUUUUUACAUAUGUAGAUAGGAGUUGGUUUUGAGAUAUGUUAAAGCAGGAAAAAUUAUCAGCUUAUAAUUACUCUUGUGGACAUCUUCAUGGCUGGGGAUAAAAAUUAACUAACCAGUGUUUCUUUCUUUAGGGCUUUGAGAGUAUUAAAACAGACCUUACUAUCUGAAGGCUCUCUCAGGGAGACAGAAGCCAAUGUGGAAAAAAACAAAAAAUAAAAACAACAACAACAACAAAAAACUUCUUUUUUUCUUUCAACUACAUUUCUAUGUCUACUUUAAGCUUAGAAUAGCCAAGCAGUUUUUAAGCCAGAAAUGUGUAUGUAAGAGCACUUACCUUCCAAAAUGUGUACAUGUGAAAAGAAAGGAAGGUAUUUUCUUCUUUUCAGCCAAGCUAAACUUAUUCACAAGAAAAUGAGAAUUGCAAUUGCUCUGGAGAAUAGGCAAAUUAGCACAUGCAAAGAAAACCCUAAAAGAAAAUUGGCCUCUUCAUGGAAACUGGGGAUGUUUUGUGUAAGGUCAGUUAUCAACAGCAGGAUUUUUGUAUUGCCAUUGCAAGCAUGUGAUAGAAAUGUUUGUUAUUGUUGGAGAAGAAAAGGCUGAGACCCAAUUAUACCCUGUACUCUUUAUUCGACCAAGACCUCAAAAGAUGUCAAAGAAGCCAUUUCUCCAAAGACAGCAACAUCUAUUGUGAGGCACUUUCAUAUUCAGCAGUCUGUAAGUUUGUAGGAGAAAACAUAAGUGGUUAAUUUAAAAUAAUUCUGGGCUCUAAAAUUGACUUUGUUGCCUUUUUUGGUGGGGGUGGUGGGAAUUGGAUUCAGCCCAUUUCCAAGGGAUAGUUUCUUCCUUUCAGACAACUAUUUUGUGAUCAUUUUUAAAAGACAUUCUGAAAACUUUAACUCCUGCCCUUAUUCCGUAUUACAGUUGUGUUAUUCCAGAAAUAUUGUCUACUAUUUUAAUAUAUUAGAUUUUCAUUCAGAUCUUAAACAUGCAAACAUGUGAUAGGUUAGCUUUUUAAGGGAGUUAUCAGUACCACUGUAUCUCAAUGUUAGGUAAAUGGGUAGAUUUCUCUUUGAAGUUGGUAUUUUCCUUGGCAGACAGCACUGUAUCAUGCUCUUCACCAAGCUAUGCUCUGUAAUGCUAUAAUCAAGGAGGUUACUAACUUGUGAACCUAUGGUCAACACACCAUUGCUGAAAACAAACUUUGAUUAAGAGCAGAUUUGCUAGGGGGAAAAAAGAGUAAAGUGAUAUUUUCAUGCAAAUAUAAUUAAAAUUGUUUCAUUAAAAUAUAUACUGAGUGUAUAUUGCUCCACACUGAAAUUUUAUUUUGCAUUAACUUGUUAAGUAAUUAAUUUUAGCAAUCCUGCAUCCGAUUUUACUAGUACUACCUCUGAAAUAUACUGUCACCUUAAAACCACAUCAGACUGUAAUGUGAAUUUUUGUAGAGUUUUUAUUUAAACUUUUAUAGAGGCAAUAAAUGAUUUCCAACU